UGUUCGUGGUGAACGAGGACUGUAAACAAUUAAGAUUCGGCGUUCGAUUAGUUUAAUUUCCCUGCGUUUUUAGCUGCCCAGGCGAGACCACCAUGUUCGAGCGCAACCAGAAGACCAUCUUCGUGCUGGACCACACGCGGUACUUUAGCAUAGCCAGCGAGGAGUAUAUCUCCAUGGACUUUCUCAAGGGAAAGCCAUCGGCGGACGUGGGCGCUCCGGGAGCCGCGGGAAAUGCCGCCACCGCCGGCGGAGCAGCCGGUGGAUCCCAGUUCAGCAAGAGCCUGUGGACCUGCGCCUGCGAAUCCUCCAUCGAGUACUGCCGCGUUGUCUGGGAUCUGUUUCCGGGCAAGAAGCACGUGCGAUUCAUAGUUUCCGAUACGGCGGCGCACAUCGUGAACACCUGGAGUCCCAGCACGCAGAAUAUGUCGCAUGUGAUGAACGCCAUGGUGAUGGUUGGAGUUCCCUCCCGAAACGUGCCCACAUCCUCGGACUACUCGGUGAUCCAUGGCCUGCGGGCGGCCAUCGAGGCGCUGGCGGAGCCCACGGAUGAGCAGCUGGCGGCAAUGGCGGAAAUUAGCACGGAGGAACAGCUGCCACGCAUUCCGAACAAGGGUCGCGUCAUCUGCAUCACCUCGGCGCGGGAUAACACGAGCAUGAAGAGCCUGGAGGACAUCUUCAACACGGUGCUGGUGCAGCAGAACGCUUUGGCCGCUCCGCCCGCCAAAAAGGGCCUGGCCAUCGAUCACUGCCACCUGGUCAUCCUCAACAUUGUGCCGCUGGGCGUCGAAUCCCUGGUGACCAAUCGCAGCCUGCUCAAGAUCUCCCCCCUGCUGGACGUCGAGAUUCACACGGUCAGCGCACCGGACAUCUCGUACAAGCUGACGCAUUUGAUUCUUAAUCACUACGAUCUGGCCAGCACCACGGUGACCAAUAUCCCAAUGAAGGAGGAGCAGAAUGCCAACUCUAGCGCCAACUACGAUGUGGAAAUCCUGCACAGCCGGCGCGCGCAUUCGAUCACCUGUGGCCCGGACUUUAGCCUGCCCACGAGCAUCAAACAGGGCGCCACCUACGAGACGGUCACGCUCAAGUGGUGCACACCGCGCGGUUGCGGCUCCGCCGAUCUGCAGCCCUGCCUGGGCCAGUUUUUGGUGACGCCCGUGGAUGUUACUUCACGACCCAGCUCCUGCCUGAUCAACUUCCUGCUAAACGGACGCUCGGUGCUGCUGGAGAUGCCUCGAAAGACUGGUUCCAAGGCCACCAGCCACAUGCUUUCAGCGCGAGGCGGUGAAAUAUUCGUCCACUCGCUGUGCAUCACGCGCUCCUGCAUGGACGAGGCUCCGGCGAUUGCCGAUGGGCCAGGAGGACGCGUCGCCGACUAUCGCACCGCUGAGCUGGGUCAGCUCAUUAAGAUGUCGCGCAUGGUGCCGCUGAAGGUGAAGGAUCAGUCUGCACCUAAUAUGUCGCGUAGAUUGCCCCGCUACUUCCCGCUGACCACCAGUUCGUCGAUACUGUUCCACCUGCAGCGGCAGAUCAGUUGGCUACCGCACUUUCUGCAUCUGCUGGUCAAAGAGGACAUGGACAAGCAGGAGGAGGUGCGCUGCCAGCAGCACAUUCAUGAGCUCUACAAGAGCGCCUCGCGCGGCGAUGUGCUGCCCUUCACGCAUACGAAUGGAGCGAGACUCAAGCUAUCCAAGGCCAAGGACCAGUAUCGCUUGCUUUACAGGGAGCUAGAGCAGCUUAUACAGCUGAAUGCCACCACUGUGCACCACAAGAAUCUGCUGGAAAGCCUGCAGAGCUUACGUGCCGCCUACGGCGAUGCGCCACUUAAAUCGGAACCAGGCGCCAGCCUCCUGCGAUCCUACACCGAAUCCCCGCUCUCUCCCGAACGGCUGGAGCCCCUGAGCAGCGGAAGUGGCAGUGGCAGUAACAACUCCAAUAGCCUGCUGAAGGCCAGCAAGCGUCGCAUGUCCAGCUGCGGGCAAAGAUCUCUGCUCGACAUCAUCUCCUCGGCGGAACGAAGUCAGUCCAACAAACGAUUGGAUUUCUCCGGACGCCUUUGCACGCCGCUUGGGCAGGUGGCUAAAUUGUAUCCCGACUUUGGAAACAAGGAUAAGGACUCCGUAACAACGGGAGCUAACAUUGCUUCCAAUGUUAAGGAGGAAUCUAUUCGAAGUUAA